AUGGGAUCUCUUGUUGCUGCUGCUGCUGCUGCAGCAGCAGCAGCAGCAGACACAGAAUGCACGGAGACAGUCAUUGCUCACUUUAGGCGCAUCCGCUACCUCUACACAGAAUGCACGGAGACAGUCAUUGCUCACUUUAGGCGCAUCCGCUACCUCUUCCGCAGCAGCAGCUGCUGCAGCAGCAGCAACAGCAGCAGCAGCAGCAGCAGCAGCAGCAGCAGCAGCGGUUUGCUGCAGCUCUUCGAGGAAUGCCGCCGGGAGCAUUCGCUGCUGUUUGACUCUGCCUCGCUCAACAGCAGCAGCAGCAGCAGCAGCAGCAGCAGCAGCAGCAGCAGCAGGAUGAAGCAGUGGGUCUGUCUACCUGCAAUAUGCUGUCUUGCUUCAACUCUCAGCAGCAGAGUAACAGAGCCUGCUGCUGCUGCUGCUGCUGCUGCGUCUCAGCAGCAGCAGCAGCAGCAGCAACAGCAGCAGAAGCAGCAGCAGCAGCCAGGCAGAGAAGCGGUGAUGUCUCCGGUUGUCUCGCUGCCGCUGCUGUCGCUUGAAGCAGCAGAGACACCGCAGCAACACGAACAGCAGCAGCAGCAGCAGCAGCAGGAACAGCAGCAGGAACAGCAGCAGCAGCAGCAGCAGCAGCAGCAGCAGCAGAAGGGUUAUGUUGUUUGCAUUCGGGCCGACGAUGAUCUGCUGCGCAGCAAAGUAACAGAACCGGCUGCUGUUGCUGCUGCUGCUGCUGCUGCUGAGACGCAGCAGCAGCAGCAGCAGCAGAAGCAGCAGCAGCAGCAGCAGCCAGGGAGAGAAGCGGUGAUGUCUCCGGUUGUCUCGCUGCCGCUGCUGUCGCUUGAAGCAGCAGAGACACCGCAGCAACACGAACAGCAGCAGCAGCAGCAGCAGCAGGAACAGCAGCAGGAACAGCAGCAGCAGCAGCAGCAGCAGCAGCAGCAGCAGAAGGGUUAUGUUGUUUGCAUUCGGGCCGACGAUGAUCUGCUGCGGUGGGGCGUCAGCUUUGCUGCUGCUGUUUCUGCUCUCUUCCAGCAGCAGCAGCAGCAGCAGCAGCAGCAGGAGCAGCAGGAGCAGCAGGAGCAGCGUGCAGCAGCAGUUGCUGCAGUUGUUCCUCCUUCUGCUUCUUCUGCUGCUGCUGCAGCAGCAGCGCAUGCAUACAACAUAGAAGAGUUGUUUAUAUCUCCUUUUCGUUUUAUUGUUUCUCUGCAGCUGCAGGGUGCUGCUGCUCUUGCUGCUGUUUCCUGCUGCAGCAUGAGUUUCCCGCUGCUGCUGCUGCGGCAGCUGCACUCGCCGCUGCUGCUGCUGCAGCGCGAGCUGCUGGCACACUACACUGCUUUGCUGCUGCUGCAGACGCCGCAUAUACUUGCUUCUGCUGCUGUUCUAGGCAGCCUGAGGGCUUCGCUGCAGCACGUUGCUGCUGCUGCUCGUGAGGUGUAUGUACACCCCACGGCAAGAGGUGCUGCUGCUGCUGCUGCUCAUGCUGCUGCUGCUGCUCUCGUUCCACUUGGCUCAUUUGCUUCUUCUCUGCGGCAGCUUCUCCCUACAUUCCCGCUGCGUGAGUUGCUGCAGCAGCAGCAGCAGCAGCAGCGGCACUCGCAGCAGCAGCAGCACCACGCGCAGCUGCAGCAGCAGCAGCAGCAGCAGCAGCAGCAGAUCAUAACAACUGCAGCAAAGGCUCUUGUUGGUGCUGCUGCUCUUCCCCUGCAUGCGCUUCUUGCUGCUGUCUCUACCUUCUCAGCUGCCUGUACACCGCAGCUGCAGGACGGCCUGGAGAUGCAGCAGCACCGCCUGGGUUGCUGCGCAUGCGCGGCAGCAGCAGCGCAUGCAUACAACAUAGAAGAGUUGUUUAUAUCUCCUUUUCGUUUUAUUAUUUCUCUGCAGCUGCAGGGUGCUGCUGCUCUUGCUGCUGUCUCCUGCUGCAGCAUGAGUUUCCCGCUGCUGCUGCUGCGGCAGCUGCACUCUCCGCUGCUGCUGCUGCAGCGCGAGCUGCUGGCACACUACACUGCUUUGCUGCUGCUGCAGACGCCGCACAUACUUGCUUCUGCUGCUGUUCUAGGCAGCCUGAGGGCUUCGCUGCAGCACGUUGCUGCUGCUGCUCGUGAGCAGCAGCAGCACGCGCAGCUGCAGCAGCAGCAGCAGCAGCAGCAGCAGCAGCAGAUCAUCACAACUGCAGCAAAGGCUCUCGUUGGUGCUGCUGCUCUCCCCCUGCAUGCGCUUCUUGCUGCUGUCUCUACCUUCUCAGCUGCAUGUACACCGCAGCUGCAGGACGGCCUGGAGAUGCAGCAGCACCGCCUGGGUUGCUGCGCAUGCGCGGCGCUGCUGCAGCGCCUGCAGCAGCAGCAGCAGCAGCAGCAGCAGCAGCAGCAACUGCUGCAACAAACUGCCCUAGCUGCGAGAGAUAUGCUGCAGCCAGACCGCAUCGAAGCGCUGCUGCAGCAGCAGCUGCAACGAGACCUGCUGCUCCCUUGCUUCAGCAGCAGCAGCAGCAGCAGCAGCAGCAGCAGCAGCAGCAGCUACAGCACCGAGCAACGAAUCAUGCUGCUGCAAAAUGCCCUCAGCAGCAGCAGCAGCAGAAGCAGCAGCAGCAGCAGCAGCAGCAGCAGCAGAAUUAGUGUUUGUCUGCCAGCAGCAAUUGAUUUGUCUCUUGGCUAUUGGGAUAGCCGUUGCUGGUUGCUGCUGCUGCAGCACAGCAGCAGCAGCAACUGCAGCAGCAGCAGCAGCAGCAGCAGCAGCAAUGCCGACGAUGAGCAGCAGCAGCAGCUAAACUGGCGGCUCCACGCAGCAGCAGUUGGGAUGACUGUAUCUGAGCUGCUGCUGGCGUACAUAUGCCCCCCCUCAAUAUGUGGUGCUGUGCUUCCUGAGGAUGGAUCUUUUGCUGCUGCUGAAGCAGCAGCAGCAGCAGCAGCAGCAGCAGCAGCAACUGGAUCGAAGCUUGGCAGCAGCAACAGCAUCAGGCAGGCUACGCUGCAGCAGCAGCAGCAGCAGCAGCAGCAGCAGCCGCUGGUGCUUAAGAUGGAUAGAUUCCCUUUGGCAGAUGUUUCGCUUGCUGCUGCUGCUGCUGCUGCCUACUGCUUCAGCAGCAGCAGCAGCAGCAGCAGCAGCAGCAGACGCGUCAUGAUGCCGCCACCUGAAGCCCAAGCUGCUGCAGCAGCAGCAGCAGCACUGCAGCAGCAGCAGCAGCAGCAGCAGCACUGCGGUGCCUAUUCUCUUAUAUCUGUCGAAGCUGCUGGCGCUGAUUCGCGGCUUUGGGUGUUUACAGCGGAUGCUGAGAGGCUGCAGGAGAUGUUGUUAGUAUACAGAAGCUGCACCACAAACCCUAAACCCUAA